GGCAGGCGAUGGUGACUUAAGAGACCUUUGUGCGAAUCUUGUGCCGCAGCUGUUACAGCGGCGGCAAAGGGACCGAGGGGCAGAUGCGCCGCACCGCACGGGGUCUUGGGGCUCGGGGCUCGUGAGUCGCGACUCGGGGCGUUAGAUGACGGACCAACCAGACGAUGGUGUUGCAAACCUUGUUCUUGUGGAAUGGUCGCUGUUACUGCCUUUUCCGCCGUCAGAGCGCUGAUCAUAAAGCCAACGUUAUUGCUAACAACGCUCUAUGUAAGCUGUCUUGCCUCGUCGUCAGCAGUCUGUUUGCUGCUGCCGCUGCUGGAGACCUUCUAGCCAUAGGGUUCAAGCCCUGUCGCGAAAAGAGAAACUUACAGACAUCACAUAUACACAGACACAUUCACUCACACGGCCAGUCCAACAAGGUCUGUGUAUGUCCAUUUGUGCGCCGUUGGCCGUAUUGGGUAACUGCGAGCGAUGUAAGCUCUCCGACGAAAUUGCUGUUGCUCUUACCGCUUCGUGUGAACGGAUUUUGGGACCUACGAAGUGCGACGAUGACCGACGUCAAAGACGACGACGACGACGAUGACGCUGAACCGGAGGACAGAGGCAAAGACUACUACAUCACCAUCACAAGAAGAUUAUUACUGCCACUAUUGCCCCUAUUACCCUACAGCAAUCCAACUACCGAGACACGGGGGGCAAGCAACUCGGGAAGGGUCUGAUUUUAGUCAACCCCGAAAUGCCCAACGACGAAGCUGCUGUACUUCGUUACAUCAGAAGCUUUCGACCUAGGGAAGGUCCCCUUGGGAACAAAACAGCAAUCUGAAUAAACCAUUUUAAUCUAGCGUUUUUUGGCUGAUGACGUUGCAUUAAGUGAAAAGCGAUCUCGGUCACUUUUUCAAGAUACGCUAAUUUCUCUUGUCUGUGUUCGGUACACUUAUCUCCUGAUCAUGAAUAGUUAACUUUGAGCAAUAAAAUGGAAACGUAGAAACAUAAAGUGGGGAAGGCAGGCUGAGGGGGUUAAGAGUCGCGGGGAUGAAUGAGGAAAAUGAAGCGGCGUGUAUCACUUUGGCGAGUUAUCGGGCGCUUUUCAAUACUGAAUUAUGGCGCAGUUGGAUGUAACGCAACGCGAUCUGCCAGUAUGAAAGUAACUUCGACGUACCCGUUACCAUCAUACACUGUUGCACAUCGCCACUCCCAGGAGUUGUUUUGGAUCCCCAGGCGAUUGAGAAGAAGACGAAGAAAAAGGGGUGCUCUACUUAUUGAGCCGCUUAUCCGAUAUAUCGCAAUAUAUCUCAAUUGCCACUGCGAUUUUUGCCGUUCUGUCAGCGGCCGGCCGGCCAGCCGGUAUAUUUCUACUACUACAAUCAUCAUCACCACCAUCACCACCAAAAAUCUGAUGGUGAUCGCUGUUAUAUGCAACGCUUGUUAUUUGCCUCGAGACUCUCGGAGCGAGCACAAACUUCCGUCUAUCCUGUAUAUUAUCCGCAUCUAUGGUUGUGUCGAUUUUUUCGUGCUGACACUGUGCGUGUAUGUUUGUGUGUGAGUCAAUUUCAGAGAGUUCUUUCCAAGCGGACGUUAUGUCGGCUUUACGGGACAGAAUCGACGUUGUCGGUUGCAGACCAUCUUAGACAACGUAUAGCUAGAUAUACUACUGUAUAGAAACGAGUCGGCUGAUUUGUUUUCAUACAGUAGAACAACAACAAGUCAGGCGGCAGCAGCAGUUAGAGAUGCGUGUGGUUCGACACUUCAGCUAGCGUUGUUUUCAACGCUCAGAUACGCGACAGGAACGUUAAAUACAGAUCAACGCUACAAGUACGUGCUGCUACUGGGUAUUGCGACUUUAAACCGAGAGAGGAUGACUGGACAGAACAGAGAGCGUGGUGUUGCUGCUGUUGUUGUUAAUGAUGAUGAUGGCGCGGUCGUUCCUGGAGGAAGUUUUAUUCUAAUUCCGGACGAGGCGCAGGCUGGUUUUGUUUACUUCGGUAGCUACCACCAUCGGCAUCCGCUGGAUUUAGGUGUAACAGCCGCCGUAUGAGUAGACGAUGAUAAAUCAGGGGGAACGAAUUCAUCGUAUUCAACUCAUCAUCUGGCUCAUAAAUUGUGCUUUCGUGACGUUUUUGUUUUGCUCACUGUUUUUUCUCUUUCGAGAAGAGAUCGAGAGUUUUCCUCUGCCAGUGUCCUUCCCCGUGUUUUGUGCUCCUGUGGCCCACAAACACUACCGCUCUACCCCGAUAACGUACUCUACCUAUUGACGUAUGUUGGUACCUGUUCUACUGCUGACGCACUGCUGGUACCAGUGUCUUUCUCGUGUUCUCCAUCCCCGCCGCCGUCACUUCUGCUGCUGCUGCUGGGGCACCCACUUCGCCUCAUCUUGUCUCCGCGAUAUGUUAAUGUACAACAGCGAGGCCAAGAGGUCGGACCCGCUCGAAGCGUCCCGAAGUCGAUCUCGGAUCGGCGUUCUCUCCUAGAAUCGGGUUGGUCGAGAGUGGGUGAGGAGGCGCUAGACGCCAGCCCGAAUCACCCACCAGAACGCCAGGCCGACAGCACCGUCUCCGUCAGUCUGUACUGCGCCAGCCAGCGUUCUCGAACGGCAGCUACCCAUUCAGCAAGCCAGAAAGCCCCGAGCGCUCGGAUCGAUCGAACCAGUCGGGGCAGCCGUGUCAAGCUUAGAGAAGCUGGCGGUGCUCUGUUGCAGUCCGAGUCGGUCGCGCACUGGUACAGCGAGGACGCACCCAGCUACCCCACCGUUUCAUCCACUUGUGCAGCUGCCACUAGCACUGUUUCUACCGCUACUACUGCCAAAGCCAUUGCUACAAGAUGCGUCUGUGCACCACUGGUAAGCACCUCUAGCUCUACUACAAGCAGCACCAGUCGGUGAAUGUUGACGAUGCCAGUAAAAGUAACAGUCAAAAUAGUCUCCCUUUUGCUGCUGCUGUUGUUGCACAUCGUUUCCGUAGUCUCACUGAUUUGGUCGCUCGUUCAGCUCGCCUCGGAUCAUUCGUUUGCUCGCUCCGUUGCCGUCUCUAUUCCGUCAUCUCCUGCUGCUGUUGCUGCUGCUGCCGCCAUCGCCGCCGCCGCCGUCGUCUCCACCGGUGCUCUGGUGGGUCGGUCAGACUGACGGUUCUCGACGGCGCAUGCGCGCCAACAGAGACACAGCGCCGCCGCUGCACGCCUGCCGCGACGGCAGUAGCAGUCGCCGCCGCCACCGCCGCUGCUUCUGCCGCGACUGCUUUUACUCCUCGUCGGCCGCGGCAGCACCCGACCGCGCUACUGGUCUGGUUCGGCUACGCACUGUUCGACUCGGCGAAGAGUGAAUCGGUGUUGGUACCGGGAGAGACGAUCCUCUUUGGGAGUCCACUUUGACGGACGCUCGGAGCCAAGAAACGUCGGAGUGUUCUAACACGACACUGCCUGCACGUUACUACUCCUUGUCUACCAGUUUGAUGGUACUUGCCGUCGCCAACAGGCCAAGUUAGCAACGAGGCGACUGCAGUAGAAACGACCUGUCUAUCCAUUUCGUGUUAGCUUCGCUGUCGCUGUAGAGGAAUGAGUGCGAUGCUUAGCGCAUAAAAGCUGAUAGCAGAAUUGUCUGGUAGUAUGACCGUGAGUGCGUUCGAUCCUAUGCCUCAGUCCAGAUCGGUUAUGCGGAUGUGUCUUGUACUCUGCGAAAUAUGACAGCAAAUCUCUGUUUGUGCAGCAGCGAUCUUUUAGCUGUGCCCUCUGUCCCUCCUAACACCGCCACGAUCCUUGCUAACAUAGCUUGUUACGUAAGGAUCAGACAUAAAUGAUAGUCAGACAUAGCUAACCAGAUGUUAAGAAGCAUCUGUGAAGAUCGACACAGCAGCAUAUACAAUUGAUUGCAAAAUCUAAAACAACAACAGGUGGCGAGUAAACCGAAUCUGCGCCAACUCACUAAAUCAGCCAUUUGGCGUUUUGCAACAGGCCGGAACCUAUCCGCCCCCUGUGUACUUCAGCGACUACCGUCUCGUCUGUGAACUAAGUCAAAGACGGUGCCUACGUCGAUCAGUGCUUGUGCAUGUGUGAGUCUGUGCUUUUACCAUCUGUGUGUUGCGAUGAACUGUCGCCAUCGUUGAUCUGUGUACUGAUGAAUCUGCUCCCUAGAUCGACUUCCUGUAUCUCCCGGUCUUUCGUUGUUGGCGAUUUCAUCGUUGAUGGUAGGACAUCUCAGCGGACGUCAUUGUCAAUUCGGGAAGAAAAAAAAUCCUCGAGUAAGAGAGAGAACGAGAAUUCGAACAUAGACCAUCUUCUCUUAAUGCUGUGUCCCCAUAGCGUUGUACGACUGUGUCAAUUCUGUCGUGUGUCCGUACGCCAAGCCGAGGAUGCCGAAGAUCGGCAAAGACGGAGUUUGUGUCGUUUCUGCUGACGUCUGCCGCAGAUGUCGCAUUCACCUGGUGUCGCCAGGCUUCGAAUAGCACCGUCUCGUACUGCUUUCAUCUAUUCCUUACUGAGGCUCUGAUCAAGCGUCGAACAUGAGAUGGACCAAAAGCGACCUGAAAUCGCUGAAGAAGUUAAGGACCUGAAGGACUCAUUAACGUAAAGACGUCGGCGAUGACUACGACACUCCGACGAGACUGAACAGAGAGAAUACAGACACUCAGCGAAGAAUCUCUAAGAUUAUCACAUGUUCAGUUGUUGAAUUCGUUCUGCAGGGCGAAGUCGCGCACCAUAUCCAGAACUUAACAGAUACAGACACGCAUAAGCACACACACGUGAUGCUCUUUCUAUCUAUUACUAUUGAGUAGCAUAUUUACUUUUGCUUGCUAUUUUUACAGAAGAGCAUCGAAGCGAGCCAAACCAAAGACGAGCUGUUCGUGUCUACGGGAAAGUGUAACAAUAUCUUUUUUCUCUGACUGUUCCUGUUUUCUGCUUUGUUGUUGCUUUUUUUCAGUGUCAGUUUCUACUUCUUUUCAUUCACUUCUUUCAGAUCGAGUGUGACCAGAUUUAAUCAUCAUCAAUAUUUUCGCCAUUGCCGAUUAUAGACAGCAAUCGAAGCCGUCAAGCGCGCCAUUGCCGAACAACUGCUGCUCCUUUUAAAGAUCUAGCUCCUCCAUGCAUGCACAACAUAAUAACAAACGAGAGAAUCUUUAUCUUACACCUUUUCUAUUUUCAUACUACCACUCACUCCACUUUAUUUCACAUGCACCGCCGCGUACAGCUCGAGACGCAGCGCUGACCCUCUCCUAUACAAACGACUUCAACUAACUUCAUUCGAUCAUCAUCAACGUACGCUUUGCACAAUGUCUGAAUUACUUACGGUACUGGCCUCAUUACUUGCAGACGUGAAUGCCAACUACCUAUGGCCGGCAGCUUUGGCCGCUUUCCAGAAUGCCUCGGGCCAACGGUCCGAGAGUCCUGAACCCGGAAACAACUUCAGCCCUACCCCAAACCCGGCGCCCAUCCCGCCACAGGGACGCCGUCGGAUGACCCAGCAGAACCCGAAUUCGCCCAACAAGCGUCGUGGCCGCUACCAGUGCGGCUAUUGCAAUUUCCUCGGCGUAACACCAUCUCAUAUGAAGCGACACAUUCUAAUUCACACGGGCGAACGUCCAUUCGAGUGUCCGCUUUGCCCGCGCAGAUUCACCCAGAAAGUCCACCUGAAAUAUCACAUGAACAAGACCCACAAAUUGCCCGGCAUCCCUGGCGACAAUAAUUCAUCACCUCUGCCUGUUGGCCAGGGUUCACCAGGCUCUGGCGAGGAAGGCAUCGCACCAGUCGGGGGCAUCAGCGCCCACGAUGACGAUGUCGAUGAUGUAACCGUUAUCGACGACGGCCCCGAGCCAGUCAACCCAUCCUCGCUUUUACACACGGAAAUGACAUCAUUCACGCCGCGCCAUCGAUCGCCUUGUAGCGGAUGCGACGCAUGUUGCCCGCGCGAUAAAUUGGGCCACUCUGCAAAAUCCCACCAACUCGAACAACAACAACAACAACAACAACAACAACACAGAAAGGGCCUCAAAGAAAAACUGCGAUUUGGGCUGACCCAUUCUACCUAUCUUACAUUGACUAGUCUUCGCCUAAUUGCUACGGCAGUGUUCAGCUUGAAACACUUUUCCGCCUCUUUCCUUAUCAACUUCUACGACCAACAUGCUGGUUUUAAUGCCUCAGAGUCACUUACAGCGGUACACUUAUUUUUUGCAGACGUUAAUGCGAACUAUUUAUGGCCAGCCGCCCUAGCCGCGUUCCAGAAUGCCUCAGGACAACGGUCCGAGAGUCCAGAACCUGGAGAGAAUUUCAGCCGGACCGCAAGCCCCACCCUGAUGCCACCACCGCGACGUCGUGUAACCCAGCAAGAUCCAAACUCGCCAAAUAAACGUCGUGGCCGCUAUCAGUGUAGCUUCUGCAACUUCCUUGGCGUAACGCCAUCGCACAUAAAACGUCACAUUCUAACUCAUACUGGCGAACGUCCAUUUGAGUGCCCGCUUUGUCCACGCCGCUUCACUCAGAAAGUCCACCUGAAAUACCAUAUAAAUAAAACCCACAAAAUGGGGUCCGCAGAAGAGAUUUCACCGGUUGGAGACAUCAGUGCUGCUGACGAUGAUGUCGAUGAGCUAACCAUUAUAGAUGAUACCCCCAAACGCGUCAAGCCGUCCUCGCUUUUGCGCACAAAGAUGACGGCGUAAACAAAAGGCGAUUGCCCUUUUUCUUUUAACCUGAAUAUAAUCGGCUGCAGUUACCGAUUGUCCCCCAGUAACAACCUGACAGUGCGGGUGGUCAACCAAGUUCAAGUUGCCAGACCUGACAACUACACAGCACGUAAUUAAUAGCCACUCUCAUCGCAUUCUACAUUCACUCGUAUACAUAUAUAGCGUAAUGUCUCAUAUUUUGAUUCGUUACUGUGUGCCUCUACGCGUGACUUAACGUGAUCAAGGGUAUCGUCACAACAAAUUUAACCGUCAUCGACACGGAAUGUGAUCGUUCGUCCCUUUUUCCCGAUGAUGCUUGCUUGCUUGCUUAGUUUGUACUUUUGGUUUUUGUAUAAGAACAUCGAGCCAAUUUUAUUGUUUCAUUGCCUAUCUGGCUAUAAAACUGGUUCUCUCUUUCUCUGUAACAGUCCUAAGAAGGCCGAUUCUGCUGGAAAAAUGCAGUUUACUUUAAUUUUGGGGAAGGACACGUGACCUUUUGUUCGAGAAGUUAUUAGGGUCCCAAAAGCUUUGUGCUUUGUACAUUUAUUAGCUGAAUCUCACUGUAAAUUUAUUUCAGACACUUGAUAUACUAUAAAUAUCUCAUACAUAAAAAGUGACGUAUGAGCGUACUAUUGUUCUAGUUGUCGUCACGUCAUAUCUGUUUGGGUGACUUUUGUCCAUACGUGCUUUAAAGCACAACUUUACCGAUUUUUGUGGUCACAUACCAGUAUUGCGCCAGGCAUUUACAACACACGCCAUAUUUCACUAAACUCUACAACUAUACAGCUAAUUACCGCUGUUUAGACGUACACGUAAAAGGAUAUUCAUUUAUAGGAGCUAUUAUUUAACCCUUAACACUCUUAUUUUUUGCCUAGACGAUCCCAUAAACAUUGUUGGCGAAUCGCUGGCGACUCCAUGCUGUUAUCAUUCCAAGAGCCUCGUGGUGCAUUCAUUAUCAAACGAGCUCAUUCGUCCUUAUAUAUAAAUGGCGUUUUUACCAGCUUCCAUCUACAAAUCGAAGUCAACAAGAGGGGUCAAUUUUAAGUAAACUUUUUUGACAGAUCGCUUGGGCGAACGGACGUGAAGCAACCUCUUAUAGAAGCUACACGUGUGUCCGUAACGGAUCCAACAACAAUAUUGAUAAUAUUGAAUGCAAUUACUU